CCCGAAGCCAUUCGAUGUCAAGCCCCGGCUGCGACCAGACGGGAACGUGGCACAGUCCUCGUGGGCAUCGUCCGCCACUCGCAGCUCCUCCUCGAGACAUGAGCCGCCCAGCGAGUCACGAUGGCCGGAACAAGGGGCGGCCGGGGCUCCUGGCGGUGGCGCUUGCGGUGCGGGACGCGUCUAGGGGUCGCGUCGCCCCCUCGUCCGCACCGCCCUCGAACGCCGCGGCUCUGAGAGGCACGGGGAGGCCUCACCGUGCCGAGCGCGCUGCGUGGAGACCCACGCUGCACCACAAGAGGAGCCCGCUGUUAGCGCUGCACGUGCGCCGCGCGGUGCCCUGGAGGCCCUCCCGUCCGCCCACCGGCCGUCUGCACGCCGCGCGGGGCACGGCGACCCCACCGCACGGGGACGCCCGCUCGCCCCACCGGACCGACCACAUGCAGCGAAGGGGACGCGGUCACAGCGGCGGUGGCGGCCACGGCGGUAGCGACGGCACGGCGUGGGACGGCGCGGUGGCCUGGAGCCCCGAGGAGGAGGCCGGCGAGGAGGUGGAGCGGGAGCUGCUGGAGCUGCUGGUGCCCCAGCUGGAGCCGUACAGCCGCCAGCGCCUGCGCUGCCUCGCGUGGGCCCUGCAGCGGCACGCGGAGGCCCGCGACGGCGUCCUCACCAGCGACGCGCUCACGCUGCACCGCGCGCUGGAGAACCAUCGCCCGCUGCUCUUUGUUCGCCCGGAGCUGCGGCGGCGCUUUGAUGUCGCGCCAUGA